GUUUAUAUAGUUCCGCUAGAUACCGCAAUACUAAAUUUGGCAGCGAAAGUGCCAAGAAGAAAAUUGACUGCGUUCUUUAAUUUUGACAGGUUACAUAAGGGGAAGUGUGUGGAAAAUCUUGCAUUCGCUAUUUGGAAUACUUCGUUCGUUUGCAGCACAAGAUCAACCAUGGCCGCCAGACGCAUCGCCCAAUCGAGUAUCAACUGGGCUUCCCUUGCCGAGCGGGUUCCACCGAACCAGAAGCCUAACCUCGCCGUCUUCAAAUCGAUGAGCGACAAAUACUUGCGAAGCGUACUUGCCAACCCAGAAGCUCCCCCGAAAAUUGACUGGGCCUUCUACCAGAAGAAUGUGCCAAUCGCUGGAAUGGUCGAUAAGUUCCAGAAGGCUUACGAGGCCCUGCAGAUCCCUUACCCGGCCGACACUGUCACCGCUCAGAUCGAUGCCCAAGAAAAGCAGGUGCGCGAUGAGAUUUCUAAAUUCUGCAAGGAUUCGGAGAGCCGUAUCGCCGAUUACCAAGCUCAGAUUUCCGCCAUGAAGUCUCAGCUUCCGUUCGAUCAAAUGACUAUGGAAGAUUUCCGCGAUGCUUACCCAGAGCUUGCUUUGGAUCCGCUCAACAAACCUACCUUCUGGCCACACAACCCCGAGGAACAACCCAUUGGAGCUCCAAAUGCUGAGCCACAUCAUUAAAAAAUUUGGAUCGAAGUUCAUAUUUGCUCCAAGAAGUUUGUUAGAAAUUUCCAGGUAAUAUUGAAAACAAAGUGAUUGUGUAAAAUUCCGGAAAA